AUGACGGCGGAAGACGUUAAGGGAGACGCUGGAAUACCCUUCGAGGAUGCACUGGAGAAGACCGAUUAUAAUGAACCUUAUGUCAAUAAAUACACUUGCGAGCAAAAGUAUGGAANUUUUCCAUCUACUGCAGUCAUGGCGUGGCUGAUCCUCUCCAGCAACUGGUCGUUCACCCUAAUCAAUGUGAAGAUGGUGCCAUGGCGAGCGUACAUCUGGUCUUGGUGCACACCUGGAGUCCUGGCAGCGAUCAUCAUGGUGUUCUUGCCUGAGAGCCCGCGGUUUCUUUACGCAGUUAAAGGAGAGAUCAAAGCUAUCCCAGUCUUAGCCAGAAUCUACGCUUGGAACCAUAAGAAGAAGAAGGAGGAUUAUCCAGUGAAGUCCAUAACCCUGUCCACCGCGUUAGCCCAGCGUGGCUUCUGCAAGGCGUUCAAGAACUUCGGCCAGCUGCUGAAGCCGCCACUCCUCAGAUGCGUGCUCAUCUCGCACUUCUCCAUGUUUAUGGUGUUCUGUUUAUCCAGCGGGCUCUACACUUGGAUGCCCAACAUCCUGAACGAGAUGCUGUUCAACGUGCACAAGUCUGUCAGCAUGUGUGACGUCAUGGUGGCAAAGCAAAAAGCCGCAGCGGUGUCCACACAACGCACCUGCAAGCGGAAGACUAUCAACCCCCUAGUGUUCCCGGUGUCGAUCGCCAUGGGCGUGAUCUGCGCCACCACCUACGUCGCUAUCGGCUACAUCAUGCGCACACGCAACAAGAUUUGCAUCUACUGUUCAGUGCUGGCAGUCUGCUCGCUAAUGCUGGCAGCGUCCAGCGUGCUUCCCCAGCCGAUAGUCGCCAUCACGUUGUUCAUCGUCGGCCUGUGCUGCGGCUGCGCAGCCUCUGUGCUCGCUGCCAUUGCUGUGGAGGUGUUCCCUACCAGUGUGAGAGCCUUGGCCCUUUGCACUCUGUACAUGGCGGGGCGGUCGGGCGCAGCGGUCGGCGCCAACGUCAUGGGCCUGGCCAUGCGCGAACACUGCCUGCCGCUGUUCUUCGCCAACACACUCAUCACUGCAGUGUCGUCGUCCUCAACAAAUCAAUUGCAGCUAGAAAUAUACACGAGGACACAGUUAUUAGUACUCUGA